GCGGCAAAGGUUUCCGCCCACCGCGGCACGUGAUCGGAUGACGCCACGCCGUCUUGUUUUUCUUGGUGAUGCUCGUUCUUGAAUCGUCCAGUUUUGUCGGCGGGCGCCCGUGUCUGGAAGCGAGUGCGUUGGAAACAGCCCCGAGGCCGAGCUGAGACGAGCUGUGCGACGUGGAGAACGCAGUAGUGCUAUAGUAGUGCUCUGUAGUGUUUGGUCAUCGUUUUUUUCGGGUGCUCUCGCGUGCCCUUGCAGAGUGAGUGAGAUCGCAUUGCUUCUGCUAGAAACUCGUCGGAGAGGAGUAUCUCUGUUGUCUGCACCGUACGCAGUGGAUUGUUCAGAAUGGUGAUCAAAAUGUACGUCUCCGGCAUCUCCGCCAGCAAGGAGGUUAAAAAGAACCAGCAAAGGGCCUUAAUGAUCUUGGAGUCGAUAAAGGUGCCCUUUGAGAGUAUCGAUAUCACUGAACCUGGCAAAGAAGAAGACAGGGAGUUCAUGAAGGAGCACUGCAAGAAGGUUGAUGGUGUUUGCACUCUCCCACCACAUUUCUUCAACGAAAAGGAAUACUGCGGGGAUUUUGAAGACUUUGACCAGGCCACAGAAGAGGAUAGGUUGAUCCUUUUCCUGAAGCUUGACCCUUCAGAGUACAACCUGAAUGGAUCGAGUGUGGUGCCCGAAGGCUUGGAGCCCAUUGUCUCUCCUAGUGACAAAGGUGAUGUAGAGGUCGAGUCUGGUAUGGUGAAUGGCACACAUGAGGACAGCAUACGCGAGGGUGGCACUGGGGACCGUGAAGAAAACAUGGAGGUCAGUGGUGACAGCAAGGAACAGAAACAGGAAGGCAGUACAGAGGGGGGAGAUGCCGAAGAGAAGGGCGAAGUCGACGAAGGUACGGAAAACGUCGAAGAAGGAAAACAGGAAGAUGUUGAGGAGCAGAAGGAUGAGGAUGGGACUGAGGGUGACGAAGUUGACAGCAAAGCUGAAGAAGAGACCAAAGGUGCUUCAAAUGAUGAACAUGAUGAAGAGAAGGCCGAUGACGAUGAGAUGAAAGCCGAUGAUGAAGCAACAGAAGAGCUAAGCGGUGAAAAAGAAGACAUAGCGGAUGUUGAAGAGGAAAAAGAAGAGUGAUCUCGUACAUAAUGCAUUAAGGAAGAAGAAAAAAGAAACUUUAGGAAUUCGCUGCCGUUUUGUACAUUUUUGUGCAAUUUUCUAUUGUUUGCCGUGUUCAGUGUGGUGGAACAGCAGAGGUCAGAUGUCUCUUUUGUUUGUUUGAGAGGGAAUGCAACAGUAAUGUGUAUACUAGCAAGACCACUGCCAUCAGCAGUUUGGAAUCAAUUCUGUAUUAGGAUGUCAUUGACAUGAAGUAAUCAGGCAUGCUUAUCUGUCCAAA